UCUCUAUUUCUCUUAUUUUCUCACCAAGCUCCUCUGUCCAAACGGAUUGUUAGUCCUGAAAGCUCAUUUUGUCCUUUGAAGAACCUGUCUUGCAUAUUCAUCACUCUCUCGUGCAAAACCCUUUUGAAAGCCAUGGACGGAGGAGCUGAAGUAAAGCAAGAAGUCAUCGAACAUCUAAAACAUCCGGAGGCGAAUCAAAACCCAACGCAUCCUCCGAAGCCAAUUUCCGUGAUCGAUCUCAGCACCAGUGACUCUGAUUCGUCCUCCUCCUCCUGCUCCUCCUCUUCCUCUUCCUCUUCCUCUUCGUCUUCGUCUUCGUCCUCUGACGACGAUGGUAGUGUUGUUGGAAUCAACGGCAAGAGGUCUAGGGUUUCGAGCUCUGCCGAGCCAGUUUUGUCGAAGAAGAAGAAGAAGAAGACAGCGGAUGAGUUAGGUGUGGCUUUGCCGGUUGGGUUUCUCGAUCCUCUUCCUCCCAAGAAUGGAGCUGUUUCGAGGGCUCACUCAACCUCGGUAUUCAAUGCCAAUGCCAGUGCAAAUGUCGUCAGCUCUAAGCAAUUCUGGAAGGCCGGUGAUUUUGAGGGAGAGCCUCAUGCUGAUUGGGUGACAUCUUCAGGUGGCAUGGAUCAUGUUAGGGUUCAUCCCAAAUUUCUGCACUCCAAUGCAACCAGUCAUAAAUGGGUUCUUGGCGCUUUUGCAGAGCUUCUGGACAAUUCAUUAGAUGAGGUUUGUAAUGGGGCCACGUUUGUGAAUGUUGAUAUGCUGAAGGGUAAGAAAGAUGGUGGCAAAAUGUUACGAAUUGAAGAUAAUGGUGGCGGCAUGGAUCCAGAUAAGAUGCGGCAAUGCAUAUCUCUUGGGUAUUCUGUAAAAAGCGAAGUAGCAAAUACUAUUGGGCAAUAUGGAAAUGGUUUUAAGACAAGUACCAUGAGGCUUGGAGCUGAUGCUAUUGUGUUCUCGCGCUGCUGUGGAAAAGAUGGAAAGAGGCCCACACAGAGCAUUGGGUUAUUGUCUUACACGUUUUUGAGGAGUACAGGGAAGGAAGAUAUUGUUGUUCCCAUGCUUGACUACGAAAGAGGAGGGCAGGAGUGGAACAGGAUGAAACGAUCCUCUGUCAGUGAUUGGAACAGAAAUUUAGAAACAAUAGUGCAAUGGUCUCCAUUUUUGAGUGAAGUGGAUCUUCUACAACAGUUCAGUCAGAUGGAAGACCAUGGUACACGCAUAAUCAUAUACAAUCUUUGGGAGGAUGACCAAGGACAGUUGGAACUUGAUUUUGAUGCUGAUCCACAUGACAUCCAAAUUAGAGGUGUCAACCGAGACGAGAAGAAUAUACAGAUGGCAAAACAAUUUCCCAACUCCAAGCACUUCUUGACAUAUAGACAUUCAUUAAGGAGUUAUGCAUCAAUUCUCUAUCUCCGAAUUCCUUCUAGCUUCCAGAUAAUUCUUCGUGGGAAGGAUGUUGAGCACCACAAUGUUGUGAAUGAUAUGAUGAUGGCCCAGGAGAUUACCUAUCGCCCACAGCCUGGUACUGAUGGGAUCCCAAAGGAUUCUAAUAUGGUUGCUGUUGUGACUAUUGGGUUUGUCAAGGAUGCAAAAGCUCAUAUUGAUGUUCAAGGAUUCAAUGUUUAUCACAAGAAUCGGCUCAUUAAGCCAUUUUGGAGGCUUUGGAAUGCUACCGGAAGUGAUGGUCGCGGAGUUAUAGGUGUGUUGGAAGCCAAUUUUGUCGAACCAGCUCAUGAUAAGCAAGGAUUUGAGCGUACAACAGUUCUUUCAAGACUUGAGGGACGAUUGAUACAAAUGCAGAAGACAUACUGGAGAACAUACUGUCAUAAAAUUGGCUAUGCUCCACGCCGUAAUAAGAAGCACAUUAAUGAAGGAGACACUUCUCCAGAUUAUCUUCCUCAGACAUCACCUCGAUCCAAAAAUAAAAAAUUGGGCUCAAGCAGCAAGAUACCAAUUUCAGGUUCAGAUAAACUGCAUUCACCCUUGAAUCCAAAGCAGGGAAGAAGAGAAUCAGAAAGACAUACAAAAUUGAUGGAUGAGGCUCUUGGGAAUGAACGUAUGUACAAUAAAGGGGGAAAUAGAGCCAAUAACCCUGUCAAAUCUGGAAAAGAACCAAAUUCUUCAGAACCGUCGACACCUUCUGAAGAGAAUGUCAGUGAUGAUGAGAUGCAAACAGCUCUACCUGAGCGAAAAGCAAAUGGAAAUUCUCAGAAGGUAUUGCCUGCUAAUAGGUCUUUCGGGAAAGAUGGGUCUCAUGUGACUAGGUCAUCCAUGAAUUUGGGGAAUGUCAAUGCAGAGCAAGAUUGUGCAUCACAUGGAAGACCUGUUCGGAUCACAUGUUCACAGUCAAAGGGAGGUGCUGUCAGUGGAAAUGAGUGUUCUUUUUCAAUCUCCAAUUCAAAUACUGCAGUUCAGUUGAAAGAAGAGAACCAGCAGUUGAGGGAAAGAUUAAAAAGAAAGGAUGGAGAGAUUUUAGGUGAUUUGCUGCAUGACAUACAGUUGGAAAGAGAUAGGUGUAAAUCACUUGAAACUAAGCUCAAGGAGGCAACCCAAAAGAUUGAGGAACUGAACAAGGAGCAAGAAAGUUUAAUAGAUAUUUUCUCAGAGGAGAGGGAGCGACGAGACAUCGAGGAGGAAAAAUUGAGAAAGCAGUUGAAGGAUGCAUCGAAUACCAUCCAACAGUUGCUUGACAAGGUGAGGAUGUUGGAGAAGAUGAAGUCCCCUUCCAGUAAAUUGGUUCGCUAAGAGCAGUAAAUAUCAUUAAGGACCAUAUACAAUCUUCCAGAAAGAAUAGUUAUCCUAUAAAUGUCAUAUGAUUAUAUAAAUUACGUGGCAAGUAAAAACUAAAGCCAUAGAAAUGUCAUUCUUUAAAUGGUUUUCUGACACACGUCUGCCUCGUGUUAAUAGCUAAUGUCUAGAAAGAUAGUAGUCCAGGGGAAUGUGAACUUGUAAGUUACGAAUCUUUACAGAUAAGACUUGUGUCGAUGCCACAUUUUUUGUACCAGAAGGAUGCAAUGUUGCUGAAUGAAUUGAUGUGGGUACAAUAGUUUUGUUGUUAAUGGCAUUUGCCUGGACUGAUAAUUUAUUUUGAAUCCUUCUACUUGCCAAGAGUGGUACUGUAUGAA